AUGAUCGACUUGGACGACCAUUCGAAUGAGCUGUUUGCCACACCCGGCCACGGAUCAAUCUCGUCAAUGGGUGACCGGAAGGGCUCGACCGCCUCAGGACCUCACAGCACCAUUUAUACCAUGAUUGAUCCUUCACAACAGAACAGGCAACGAAGCAUUGAUGAGUCCGAAGAUGGAAGCCAAGAGAGCGCGCACGUCGGUACUAACUCCCUAGAAGACAAUAUGUCGGAUGAGUUUGGCCUAUCGACAGGCGGCCCUAGUGACGGCACCGACCUUGGGGGAAAGCUGAAGGAGAAUAAAUCUGACCCUGCACCAGCCUGGAGUGAGUUAAAGACGAAGGCAGGGAAGGAAAGGAAAAGACUACCUUUAGCAUGUAUUGCAUGUCGGAGGAAGAAAAUACGUUGUUCAGGAGAGAAGCCAGCAUGUAAGCAUUGUCUUCGGUCCCGGAUCCCUUGUGUAUAUAAAGUCACUACGAGGAAGGCAGCUCCGAGGACCGAUUACAUGGCGAUGCUGGAUAAACGAUUAAAGAGGAUGGAAGACCGGAUUAUCAAGCUCGUACCCAAAUCAGAGCAAGAUGCAUCGGCUACUAACGUUGUUCGGGGCGUGGUAAAACCCGCUAUCCCCGGGACUUUACCCGCAGGGAAACAAACGGCGAAGAAGCGAGGAGCAGAAGAGGCAUUUGGCGCAGAACUAGACAAUUGGGCUAGGAACGGCCCUAAGGCUAGGAUGGAGGGCUCUGGAAAACCUACGUCGUUGCAAGUGCAAGAAGCCGAGGAGAGUAAGCUGUUGUACGAAGGUGCUGAGGCGCUACCGCCUAAAGACGUUCAAGAACACCUAGCGGACGUGUUCUUCGAAAAUAUCUACGGCCAGGCUUAUCAUCUUCUUCAUAAACCAAGCUAUAUGAGGAAGCUGAAAGCUGGCACUUUACCUCCGGUCUUGGUACUUUCUGUCUGUGCAAUUUCUGCCCGUUUUUCUACUCACCCGAAGUUCUCGAUGACGAACAAUUUCUUGCGAGGAGAGGAGUGGGCAGCGCCGGCCCGAGAUAUUGUGACGAGACGCUAUGAGUGGCCGAACAUCACAAUAUUAACGUGCCUAUUGCUUCUCGGUUUGCAUGAAUUUGGCACUUGCCAUGGAGGAAGGAGUUGGGCUUUAGGUGGCCAAGCCACUCGCAUGGCGUUUGCACUGCAGCUGCACAAAGACCUAGAGUAUGAUCCCAUGCGGCUGAACCCGACCAAACAGCUUAGUUUUAUCGAUCGCGAAAUUCGAAGGCGUACAAUGUGGGCCUGCUUUCUGAUGGAUCGUUUUAAUUCAUCGGGAACGGACCGACCUAUGUUUAUAAAGGAAGAGACCGUCAAGAUCCAGUUACCCAUCAAGGAAAAACUCUUCCAGCUCGAUAUGCCGGGGCCAACUGAAGAUUUGCAAGGGCAGGUUCCUCACCCGGUGCCGACCGACGAAGGCCAGCUUUCUGAUGCGAAGGACAAUAUGGGUGUAGCAGCAUACAUGGUCCGCGCCAUCGCCCUAUGGGGAAGAAUAAUAAAUUUCUUGAACCAAGGCGGAAAGGAUACAGACGAACAACCGAUGUGGGAGACUGAUUCUGAAUAUACCAGUUUGCUCAAGCAAGCUGAAGACUUUGCCGAUAAUCUACCAGAUGGGUUGAAAUACAGCGCUGAAAAUCUUCACCUACACCAAACCGAAGGGAUGGCCAACCAAUUUGUGUUUUUGCAUAUAUCGAUACAACAGAACGUCUUAUUCAUGAACCGGUUUGCUGUCUCUACUCCGGGCGGCUUGUCGAACACGGACGUUCCCAAAACUUUUAUUACGCAGGCGGGGGCAAAAGCAUUUGCUGCUGCUAACAGAAUAUCCGAGUUGCUAAAAGAUGCAGAACACUACAUGAUCACGGCGCCUUUCGUGGGCUAUUGCGCGUUCUUGUCGAGUACCGUUCAUAUAUUUGGUAUUUUCUCCGGAAAUUCCACCGUGGAAGUCUCAGCAAAGAAGAACCUUGCGAUAAAUGUGAAGUUCCUCUCAAAAAUGAAACGGUACUGGGGAAUGUUCCACUUCAUGGCCGAAAACCUACGCGAGCAGUAUAAGACGUGUGCUGAUGCUGCGCGACAAGGCACACCAGCUAAUGACAACUCCGCAGCCUCGCCAAUUUUCCAAUACGGAGAUUGGUUUGAUCGAUAUCCACACGGCGUAUCCCAACCGGAAUUUGUCGAACCUGCGUCUUUCAAAAAGAAGGAAACAGGCGAAGAUGCGGUCCUUGAACAGAAAGCGGAGCUACACACAGUCGAAGAGUUCUUCACGCAGCUCUCGCCACCGCAAAGUACAGGCGAAGUGCGCGAGAAUAACGGAUCAAGCAGGCCGCCCUUGGUGAAACGGAAGUCGAUAGCGAAGAAAGGUAGUAUCUCGUCACGUGGCGAACAGCAGCAACUCGAGCCCCUGCUCACCGACCUCAACGCCGGUAGCAUACCCGAACAGAUCCAGCGCAUACAGCAGGCGCAGCAGCAAAGAGUACAGGCACAGCGAAAUUACCGUAUGAACGGGCAAAACAGUGGGCCUAUCUCCUUCAACCCCAGUCUCGCACAUGGACGCUCACACAAUCCAGCAGCCAACUAUCACGCCCUGUCCCCUAUCAGCCCUGUCACCGUCGGCGGGUUCCAGCACGGUCAUGGUCACCAGCACCACGGAUUCUAUAACCCAGACCUGCUUUCCUUGUCCCUUUCGAAUAAUUCAGCGGGCAUGUUGCCACAACUUGAUCGACAGCUUGUAUUCAACGCGUACGGCGGUCUGGAUCCCUCGACAAUCAGCGGCCCGGAGGCAAUUAUGGAUUGGGACUCGCUGGCCGGGAAUGGCAAUAGCUCAAGCAGGGGCCAUCACGCGAAUGGGUCAAACGGAGGCUCGGGUGAAGGGCCAAGUAAUCACCAUGAUGGCCUGCCCGCUGGGUUUGUUGCCGAGCCUUCUUCUGCAUGGUUUAUGCCAUUCAACAUGGAGCCGCCAGAACUUGGCCAAGAUCUGGGUGGUUUAGGUGGCGUAGAUGGAUUCGGGAUGUUUAGUCCGGGCGUCCAUACACCGGGAGCCGGACUAGGCCUGCGGAGAGGAGGACGAUGA